AUUAUAUAGGCGGUUUUUAUAUAAGUGUGCUACUAUCAGAAUAAUAGUCUUUCUGUAGUAAGAUUAUGUGCGGGAUUAUAUCUAGAAUGGAAUUCAAAAAUAUUUGUAUAGUUUUAUUGAUAUUUUAUACAAAUGUAAAGGGUCAAAAAAAUCCGCAUUAUCGUGAUGAUCGAUCAACAAUGGUUCAUUUGUUUGAGUGGAAGUUUGAUGAUAUUGCUGAUGAAUGUGAACGAUUUUUAGGGCCAAAAGGAUAUGGAGGAGUUCAGGUAUCACCAGUAAGUGAAAAUUUAAUCAUUCCAGGCAGACCAUGGUAUGAACGUUAUCAACCUAUUUCAAUGAAAAUUGCUUCAAGAUCUGGAAAUGAAGAAUCAUUCAAACAAAUGGUCCAAAGAUGUAAUAAAGCUGAUGUAAGAAUUUAUGUUGAUGUUGUGAUUAAUCAUAUGACUGGAGAUGCGAAUCCAGCUGUUGGCGUCGAUGGAUCCAUUGCUAAAACUGAUGAAAGGCUUUAUCCAGCAGUUCCAUUUACUUUUCAUGAUUUUCACAGAGUUUGUGCUAUUAAUAACUACAGAAAUGCUACAGAAGUACGUAACUGUGAACUUAGUGGUCUCCACGAUUUAGAUCAAAGCAAGGAACACGUGAGAAAUAUGAUUGUCGAUUUUUUAAAUCGAUUAAUUGAUAUGGGUGUGGCAGGAUUCCGAAUUGACGCGGCAAAACACAUGUGGCCGGAAGAUCUGAAGGUAAUCUACAGCAGAAUGAAUAAUUUAAGUAUCGCUCAUGGAUUUCCACCAAAUGCAAGGCCAUUUAUUUAUCAAGAAGUUAUUGAUCUUGGUGGUGAAGCUGUAAGCAAAAAAGAGUACACGAGUUUUGCUCGAGUGAUUGAAUUUACUUUUGGAAUAGUUUUGGGAAAUAUAUUUCGCGGAAAUGAAGAUUUGAAAUAUUUAAAAAAUUGGGGUAAUGGAUGGGGUUUAUUAAAAUCUGAUGAUGCAUUAGUAAUGAUCGACAACCAUGAUAAUCAGAGAGGCCAUGGAGCUGGUGGAGCCUCUAUCUUAACUUAUAAAGUUCCCAAACAAUAUAAGAUGGCAGUUGUAUUUGAAUUGGCUCAUCCUUAUGGUUUACCACGUGUAAUGAGCUCAUAUUAUUUCGAUGAUCCAAGUAUUGGUCCUCCAGCUUAUUCAAACGGCACAAUAAUAUCACCUGAAAUAAAUUCUGAAGGAGUUUGCACAAAUGGUUGGGUUUGUGAGCAUCGGUGGCGUCAAAUAUAUCAAAUGGUCAUUUUUCGUUCUGUAGCAAAAAAUUCACCACUUCAAAAUUGGUGGGACAAUGAUGAUGAUCAAAUAGCUUUUUCACGAGGAGACUUAGGUUUCGUUGCUAUAAACGGUGAUGAUACUGAUCUUCGUCAAGUUUUACACACUGGUUUACCAGCUGGUAAAUACUGCGAUGUUAUUUCUGGUGAAAUCAUAAAUGGUAAUUGCACUGGAAAAAUAAUUGAAGUUGAUAAAAAUCGAAUGGCCUUAAUUGAAAUACCUGCAGAUUCUGAGGAUGGAUGUUUAGCAAUUCAUAUUGGCCGUACAUCUUUAGUGAAUUUUUAGUUAUCUAAUCCAAGUUAAAAUAUGAAUUAAAAACUAAAUCGAGAAUAUUCAUCAACAAUUUUUUGUUUCAAGUUUUAAUAU